AUGGAGACUACUCUGGACAUGACCAAAGUCAGCUACCUCUUCACGAUCUACAAAAGCUCGACCAACUGCUUCCUGCGAUGGCUCUGGUGCGCUUACCACCAAGCAGAUCCUCGAUCCGCUGCAGGUGUGGAGCCUUUCCGAACCACGAGUAAGAUUAUCGAAGUUUCCCAUACCGUCUACAACGCGGGUCGACCUGUUCCGGGCUCCGUUCUUGGGGCUCUACGCGACGCCAUUCGACAUCGCAAGAGUGUUGGCCAAUUUUAUGGAGACGCUGGGAAAGCCAAUCGCGGGCAUCGCCAAUUCAUUAGGAGGCUUGAACAGACGUUGGCCAUCUUGGAGCCCCUGGAGGCACAAAACGUACCUUUCGAAGACUACUUGGGCCGUCAAGAAGAUGAAAGGCCUCGUGGUAUAUUGGAGCAACAACCCAACCCGUUUGCUGCCUUGAUAGAAGGUCUGAACAUCUCUCCACACGCUUCACCACCGCGAGCGAGCGACAUGGCCUCGCCGACUGCUCCAACUCCGUCUACUCCAAACAAACCAGAGUCCAAGACUGAACCAAAGAAACCUGAAGAGUUCAUCUUGGAAGAUGACGAUAUAGGUGUGGCGUACCAUGCGGCCCAUUUCCUGGUGGAUAUGCAUCAGUUUCAUGCCCACCUCGAGGAAACCUGGAAAGCAGCAGGCGAGGGCAAGAUUCCUCUUCUGGCCGCAGCUUUCCAGUCCAACUGCGUUGCGUACUUGAACUGCUAUAAAACACCGAGGGUGGAUUGUUCCGCCUUAUGCUUCUUCUCCGAGCACAACUGUACUUGCCGACAAUGCAACCGCAUUCGUAACUUCAUCCAAUUCAGGACGAACUCGUCGAAUGCGGACGUUUACGUCAAGCUUGCGCGGAGGCUUUGGAUGAUUGCUAGUAUCAUCAACGACUAUGGGCGAAACUUAGGGGAGAGCUACCGGCCCCCUGAAGUUCACGGGCGACCCGCGAUCUGCAAUUUACUGAACUGCCCGGACCAGUUUCGCACUCCACCCUCGUCUGAAAUCCCUCACCUGGAAAACUUCCUUUCAACGGAAAAUCAACGAAUAGUUCGCGACCUAAUGGAUGCCAUCAACAACCGACUGGACCCGCUAAAACGCGGAAUCACUGUUGUGGAGAUGAUCAAGGGAAAUUUCCUCAAGGGAUUCGUCGAUAUCUGCGAGGCCUUGUUCGAUUUCGGGCAGUCGUUCCUGCUCCAGAACACACGCGUUGUACAUGGAGAAUUGGUGGUAGUGAUGAGCAUGUUUCUUCUGGUUGAAAAGACGACCAUGCAAUACGGCGGUUUGAGGGGCAGCGCCUGUCGUGCCCAAGGCCUUCGUUUCGCCAUGGACAUGUACCGCGCGACCGAACCCGUUUUGGAGACUGUCAAACAGUGCCACCCAGAUAGCAGCAUGGGUCUUGAAACCCUACGCUUAGGCCUGAACAUAUAUGGAAGCGAUGAACAGUCCGGUAUUUACCACGAAUCUCCUUGGACCGUGGGUUGUCACAUGUUGGACAUGCUCACGGCAGCUAUCAGGGUCGGAGGAGAGGUCUGCAGGUACUGGGCCGUUCUCAGAACGACGCUACACCUCUACAACGCAUUGCGGAUCAGAGGCUUCGACGAAUUCCAGAUACCGCAGAUUCCCGUGCUAGAAGAACUAUCCGGCAUGUUUCUUCAAGAGGUCUUCCUGGGGACCGUCCCGAAACUCAAGUUCCUAUCGUCUUUUCGUUUGGCAGUUUUCAACAGUCACUGGGUCAAGCACUCCGGGAAAUUCCAGCUUGAACGCGGACUUGACCUGCUCACACCAUCUAUCGAAGCACCCUACUGGGGACUCUGUAACCAACACUACACCAACCACCAGAGGAAUGGGGAAUUCCUGUGCAAGUUGUACAAGACCGAGAAGCCUGUCGCACUCUGUCCAUGCAAAAGAUGCGAGGGCAAACGUGCUGCGCAAGUGCAAGCCAAUCUCCAAAAGGUCAAGAAAGCCCGUGACCUCCUGCGCAAGGAUACAUGGUACGGGUACGCUUGCAAGAGCCGAGAGGCGGUGUUGACGGAGGUUCAGGGACCAGCUCCAAUCGCGCGCGUCAACUUCUUCGCGCUGUUUAGGUCCUGUGCGGCGAUACUGGAAAGUUUUGGUAGCCUCGCUAUCCCGGUGGUUCAGAACAAAUACAAAGAGCAAGGGUUGUGGAAGGACUGGAUGGACAAAGGUCUCUCAAUUUCAAGAUUUGCCGCCGAGGAUCUUAUGGAAAUCCUCGACGCUAUGCCUGGUGAUACAAGACGCGACAGGGAGCGUCUGGCCAAGAAACCGUUGUUUAAGCAUGCUGUGAGUGUUUUCAAGUCGUUGGAAAGGACAGAUGUAACUUUGGAGGAAUUUAUGUGGAAUAUUUGA